CUUCUAUCUCUCAGAUUAUUGCUUCCUUUUUUUUUCCCCCCCCUAAACUCGGCACAUCUUACAUUAAUUUAUUACUCCCUCCCGUAUCAGUGUGGAAAAGUAUGUCGUUUUUAAGUAUGUUUAAUUUAUAAAAUGUCUCCCAAUGGUGUGCUUUGGCUGCAUUGAUAUUGAAAUGGUUGUCUUACGAGCAAUCGAUUAUGGCGAUGAUGAUUUGUCUCUUUCCGGGCUCCCGGCGCAACACCAACCAGCCUAGUUCCUUUGCGCUGUCUCAUCUGAACGGGGAAAAAACCUGACGUCAGCCAUUUAUUGUCACUAGAAGCCGCGCGAUGAAGGAGAGUGUCGCUUUUUUAGCGCUGAAACCGACGUACGUCUCUGCCGCAUUAAUGCUUUCCCUCUCCCUCCCUCUCUCACAAGUUCUGCAAACUGUCUGCCACCCUAAUCUCUGAACCACUUCGCAAUUUGCACCCAAACGCCUUUCGUUUUCGGGGCUCGAAUUUCCUCUACCUUGCGGGCCAGCAAUGCAUAGUAUAAUUGCACAGUAACUUGGAAAGUAACUGUUGCUGGAGAUCAAAGGGAGGAGGUGAGGAGGAAAAGAGUGCGAUGCGAGCGAAGCUUACGCUAGCAAAUUCCCCCAACGACGUAAGCCAACACCGUUCGUCUGCUUCGCCUCUUCUCAUUGAUUUAUUUAUAGUUAUUGCUUCUCUAUUUUAUUUAUCUUUGCGUUCCAGUUCUAAUUCCAAUUCGCGUGCCCUUCUUUUUCGCCCGCUGUCAGAUCUCUUUUGCCCUUUCGUCUAGUAUGGUCUAAUCCUACCCAUUCCCUAGUUUCUCUCUCUAUGGUCCAUCCUUUUUUCCCCCGCGCUCUCCCUGUCUUUUCUUCAUAGCUGCGAAUAUUUCUCUCUCUAGGACUGAUUUGAGGUGGUUCUCUGCUUGCAAUUUCCCCCCCUUUUUAAGAACCAAGCUGCUCUCUGUUUCGUCGAGCGGGAGAUGCGUCGGAGACGAACCGAGUUGUUGCCAAGUUGUUAGAGAGAAGAGAAAAAUUAAAUUUAACUUCAUCUAUUUUUUUGGUGAUAUCAGAAGACUGUCUUUUUCGGCGAAGUUGUAUCUUGACGUGUAUGUCCUCUGCAGUAUAGUCUAGGGGGUUAAUAUAUUUGUGGUGAAAAGUAAUCUCCCCUGCACAUGCACCCGAACAACAAAAGAAAAUUCACCAUUCGGUUUUGAAGAGCAUGUUGUCAAAUUUUAUUACACUCCAAAUAAUUGCAACAAAUACAUGAUGAGGAGUUCAAGUUUGAAGAAAUGGACAGUGGGAUUUGCACUUGGAAAUGAAGGAGAGGCAACGUUGGAGAGCUGAGGAGGACGCAUUAUUACGUGCUUAUGUCAAACAGUAUGGUCCAAGGGAAUGGAAUCUUGUGUCUCAGCGCAUGAACACGCCCCUUAAUAGGGAUGCCAAAUCCUGCUUAGAAAGGUGGAAGAACUACCUCAAGCCUGGCAUCAAGAAGGGAUCUCUCACUGAAGAAGAACAACGACUUGUCAUCCGACUUCAGGCAAAACACGGCAACAAAUGGAAGAAAAUUGCUGCAGAAGUCCCGGGUCGCACUGCUAAGAGGUUAGGUAAGUGGUGGGAAGUAUUUAAAGAGAAACAGCAGAGGGAAAAAAAGGAGAUCAAUAAAGCAGUUGACCCAAUUGACAACACUAAGUACGAUCAUAUACUUGAGACUUUUGCUGAGAAGCUGGUGAAAGAACGCCCUUCUCCAUCCUACCUUAUGGCUGCUUCCAAUGGAGCUUUUAUUCACACUGAUGCACCAGCUCCUACGUCAGUUAUGCUUCCUCCAUGGCUUUCAAACUCAAAUAACUCUACAACCAUUCGGCCACCUUCCCCUUCUGUGACGCUAAGUCUCUCUAACUCAACUGUAGCUGCACCUCCUUUUCAAUGGUUACAACCUGAGAGAGCGCCAGAGAAUUCUUCUCUUGUUAUAGGGAAUGUAACACCUCACGGAUCUAAUCCAGCUUUUGGUGAUAACAUGCUAGUACCUGAGUUAAUUGAGUGCUGUAAAGAGUUGGAAGAAGGGCACAGGGCAUUGUCAUCCCAUAGGAAGGAAGCAGCGUGGAGGUUAAGGCGGGUGGAGUUGCAGUUGGAGUCAGAGAAGGCAUGUCGGAGGCGGGAGAAGAUGGAAGAGAUUGAAGUGAAGAUUAAAGCUCUCCGGGAAGAAGAGAAAGCGGCUUUGGAUAGAAUUGAGGCUGAAUACCGGGAGCAGCUAGCUGGACUGAGAAGAGAUGCAGAAACCAAGGAGCAGAAGUUGGCUGAGCAAUGGGCUGCUAAGCACUCGAAGCUGAGCAAGUUUCUUGAGCAGAUGGGAUGCAGAACCAGGCUUGCUGAGCCAAAUGGAAGAUGAAGACUUCAGCCACUUAUAACAUGAAAUCUAAGCUGUGUUUGCUUCUUUGCUGUUUUGAUCUUGUGUCUUUUCUCUCAGAAAUUAUACUACUGUUUGUCGUACUUAUUUAUACGAUUAUGAGAAAUUCGUAGGUAUUGGUUGAUGUAGGACUAGGAGGCAUAGUUUUGCAUCCAUCUUCGUGAAUAUAAACAUGGUCAUGGCUUACAAAUUUGUCUAAAUAAAUUGUGCUCGGGAAGAGUAUCAUGGCUUGUUGACUGAUCA